UCUCUGGAGCAGACUCCCCAAACAAACAUGACCCAGGUAGUCAAGCUCGCCUCCAGAGUUUUCCAUCGAGUCCACCUGCACCCGCAGUUGGAUGCCUCCCUGGGCUCCAGAGGCAGUGACUCGGUUCUCCGGAGUUUGUCUGACAUCCCUGGGCCCUCUACGCCUAGCUUCCUGGCUGAACUCUUCUGCAAAGGGGGGCUGUCCCGGCUACAUGAACUGCAGGUGCAUGGCGCUGCGCGGUACGGUCCAAUAUGGUCCGGCAGCUUCGGGACACUUCGCACAGUUUACGUGGCCGACCCCGCACUUGUGGAGCAGCUCCUGCGACAAGAAAGUCAUUGCCCAGAGCGCUGCAGUUUCUCUUCUUGGGCAGAGCACCGUCGCCGCCACCAGCGGGCUUGCGGAUUGCUAACGGCGGACGGUGAAGAAUGGCAGAGGCUCCGAAGCCUCCUGGCCCCGCUACUCCUCCGGCCUCAAGCAGCCGCAGGCUAUGCUGGAACUCUGGACAACGUGGUCCGUGACCUUGUGCGACGACUAAGGCGCCAGCGGGGACGUGGCUCUGGGCUACCCCACCUAGUUCUGGACGUGGCGGGAGAGUUUUACAAAUUUGGCCUAGAAGGUAUAGGCGCGGUGCUGCUGGGAUCGCGCCUGGGCUGCCUAGAGACUGAAGUCCCUCCGGACACAGAAACCUUCAUUCAUGCAGUGGGCUCGGUGUUUGUGUCUACACUCUUGACCAUGGCAAUGCCCAACUGGCUGCACCGCCUUAUACCCGGACCCUGGGCCCGCCUCUGCCGAGACUGGGAUCAGAUGUUUGCUUUUGCCCAGAAGCACGUGGAGCAGCGAGAAGCUGCCGUGAGGAACCAGGGAAAGCCUGAGGAGGAUGUGCUGUCCGAGCAUUAUUUAACCCACUUCCUUUUCCGGGAAAAAGUGUCUGUCCAAUCCAUAGUGGGAAACGUGACAGAGCUACUACUGGCUGGAGUGGACACGGUAUCCAACACGCUCUCCUGGACACUCUAUGAGCUCUCCCGGCACCCAGAUAUCCAGUCUGCACUCCACUCUGAGAUCACAGCUGCUGUGAACCCCGGCUCCUGUGCCCACCCCCAAGCCACUGCUCUGUCCCAGCUACCCCUGUUAAAGGCCGUGAUCAAAGAAGUAUUGAGAUUGUACCCCGUGGUACCUGGGAAUUCCCGUGUCCCAGACAGAGACAUCCGUGUAGGAAACUAUGUUAUUCCCCAAGAUACUCUGGUCUCCCUGUGUCACUAUGCUACCUCAAGGGACCCCGCCCAGUUUCGAGAGCCCAACUCUUUUAAUCCAGCUCGAUGGCUGGGGGAGGGUCCAGCCCCCCACCCGUUUGCAUCUCUUCCCUUUGGCUUUGGCAAACGAAGUUGCAUUGGGAAACGCUUGGCAGAGCUCGAACUACAAAUGGCUUUGGCCCAGAUCUUGACCCAUUUUGAGGUACGGCCUGAGCCAGGUGCUCACCCAAUCAAGCCCAUGACCCGGACUGUCCUGGUACCCGAGAGGAGCAUCAAUCUACAGUUUGUAGACAGAUAGUCCCGUGGAAGGCAGCCGUCAUCAUCUCUCUCCAGACAGGAUGUUCUUUACUACACACAAGAGCCACACUCUCCCUCGAGGCCUGUCUGUCUGAGCAAACUUCAGGAAGCAGGUCCUGACCUAUGUGUAUUUGUCCUGACUCAGUGGGUAUCACAGAACCACGAUUCUUUCUCCUGCUCAAUACCUCUCCUGAUCAUGUCUCAGGAUCCAAGGCCCUCAGAUUGUUAACACAUCCUUAAAGCGCCAACUCAGGGGUUAACUAAAAGCCCUGGGCAGCCUGGAGAGGGAUUCACUCUCUGAUCCUUUGGUGUUUCCGGUGUUCCUUGAUGAGCUGUCUAAGCGUUUAUCACGGCACAAGCUAAGUGACUGUGCAUCUGGUUUGCACCUGGUUGCAUCUCUACCUGACCAUCUGAGCUCUCCGAGACGAGUAAUGACUGAUCUACUGGGCUUUUAGCUCUUUUCCCUUCUGAGACAGAGUCUUGCUAUAUACUCCAUGCUGUCCUUGAACUCACAACCCCCUCACCUCACCUUCCCAAGUGUUGGGUUACAGACACUAGCUACUGAUUCCAGCUUUAUCAGUCUUUCCAUCAACUGUCAGGGUCUAUCCCUGGCUAUCUGACAUCAUACAUUCUCAGAUUGAAUCUGGACCAUGUGGCAGAAGAGAUGACCGUUCACCAGGCUCUGCCCACCCUUUUCUCUCUUAAUCUUUCCUCUAGGAAAGUAAAUCUUCCCAUGCCUACCUAAUGGCAUUUUUAAGCUCCCCUUGGCUGUUCUACUCUUCAGCCAUUUGGCUCGUCGGCCACUCUAAAGUGGGUCCCCUCCUUAUCAUCCAUCUUUUGGCCUUCCCUGCCCUGUCCUCCCCAGGCUGUCUUUUUAUAUUUAAAAAAUUGUAUUUAU